UCAGGCUUUCAGUUUCCACUUUCCUUUUUUUUCAUCUUAUUCCUAAUUUCGUAGUGUCGAACUUUCUUAGCACCAUUUCGAGCUUCUGGGCAUGUUGCAAGUCUUCUUCUCCUUUUUUUUCCCCUUGUUUUUUCUGUAUGAACUUGUGUAAUUAUUUGAGCUAGAUGAUGUUUGGAAUCCAUUUCAUUGCAUUAUGCCCUAUUUCUCUGUUACCUUUGUACCGAACUUCAAUCAAGUUACGAGCUUCUGUAUAUGUUAUUUUCUAUUCGAGUUUUUCAAUCCUUGAACGCGGGUUCGAGUAUGGGAGCGGUCACUUGUUGCUAAAAUGCUGGAGGUCAGAGCGUUGAUGCACGCACGUGAGGAGCCUCUGAAUUUGUCGAGGUAAAACAGCAAUCCAGAACAUCUGGUUGUGCCUUAUCUGAAACGUUUAUUUCCAAGAAGAAACAGUAUGGUGUCAACACAGAUCUCAAUGUUGUCAAAGUUACGCUGUAUUACCAUAGAUGUCACUGGUACACUUAUAGCUUACAAAGGAGAACUCGGUGAUUACUACUGCAUGGCAGCCAAAGCUGUAGGAUUACCUUGUCCAGACUAUAACCGCAUGCAUGAGGGAUUUAAAGCUGCAUACACUGACAUGGCAAAACGGUAUCCAUGUUUUGGUUAUGCAGCAAAAAUGCCGAACAUUGUCUGGUGGAAAUCAUGCGUGAAAGACUCCUUUGUCAGGGCAGGCUACGAUUAUGAUGAGGAGACAUUUGAGAAGGUGUUCAGACGUAUAUAUUCAGUAUUUGGUUCCUCUGCACCUUAUACCAUCUUUCCAGAUUCCCAACCAUUCCUAAGAUGGGCAUGUGAAAAAGGGAUCACUAUUGGGAUUGUCAGCAAUGCAGAAUACCGGUACCAGGAUGCCAUCCUUCCUGCCUUGGGUUUGGACCAGGGUUCCGAAUGGGACUUUGGUGUGUUCUCUGGUCUCGAAGGUGUGGAAAAGCCAGACCCUAGAAUCUUUAAAAUUGCCCUGGAGAAGGCUGGAAAUAUUGCACCAGAGGAAGCUUUGCAUAUUGGAGACAGCAUGCGGAAAGACUACCUGCCUGCAAAAAGCAUUGGAAUGCAUGCAUUGCUGUUGGAUAGAUUCAAGUCACCUGAUGCUGAGAGUUGGAGGAAAUCUGGUGCAGUUGUGCUUUCUGAUCUAGUGGCUACACAGGCUUGGCUUACUUCAGAGAAAUCCUCCUAAGGAGCUUGUUCCUUUACUCUGGGUGUUUUUGGUGGCUGGAUUAGUGAAUGCUAGUACUCUCAAUUUUGGAUGGAAAUGUUUCCUUGGGUAUGUAAUGCAUUGUUUGCAUACCCCCAAAUCCCCAAUACCCCCAAUCGGCAGGGUUAAAUAGUCUUUUGAUUCUCAGUUUAACUGACGGUUCUAAUGUUCUAAAAAAAAGAAAAAAAAAACAGUUAUAAUGAUUAUAUUAUUAGCUUUGUUAUUUCUCGUUUGUCUUGCAUAACAGACUUGGGAGCUCUCAUUUAUGAUAUCCCUCUGGAUACACAAAACAUUAUUCUUUA